GCGCGCUAUUCGCCAUGGCUGACGUGGACAGUGACGGCACCGUGACGUCAUCCGAGCUGGCCAAGGCGCUAAGGAAGCUGGGAUUCCGCCCGACCGAGGCCGACAUCCGGGACAUCCUGGCGGCGGCUGAUGACGAGGACACGGAGGGAACCAAUGGCGACAGCGGAGUGGAUCCGGGUGAAAGCGACUCCUUGGACUUUGCCAGGUUUCAUCAGGCGCUUACCUCCUACAGGGACAGGUGGGAGAGGUGAACUGGGACCGUCGCGUAGCGCCCUCUGCUGGAAGAUAGUGGAAGUGCGCAUAGAGUUUUAGAGGAACGCCCAUAGUCAGGAGUACUAUCUUGUAGAAUGCAUUUCCUUUAAAGAGCAGCUUUCAAGCAUUUUUAAAAGAAAUGUCUAAUUGAUGGCAAUUUUGUGUACUACUCUAUAUGUUUUCAACCAGUAACAGGUCGUUGUGGAAAACAUUUUGAUAUAAUUGGCAAAUAAACGAUACUGCAUUGCGUUUUUAUAAGUAAUGUCCGUCUUGUAACAAAGGGAGAUUCUAAUCUUAACUAUGAGUUGUUCGUGAUAUAUGCAGUAUUUGUAAUUAUAAGACAGCAAUCAUUUUCGGUAGAAAGUUUAUAUUAUGUGAUUUCUAAGGUGACUGAAGUUAAAGGUAAUCCUUGUAAAUCAUUGUACAGAUCCUUCGUUACUUUGUGCCAAACUGUGAGUAGAUUUUCUAUUUUUGAAGACAUUGAUAGAUCAUCGUUCAAUAUCAAGACGCCUUAUAUGCAUAAGAUACAAAAGCUUCUAUCUAUAAGAGUUGGUACUUUUAAACGUACUAAAAGAGGUACUAGGUAUAUUAUAGGCAGACCAGUUGGCAUUUGAGAAAGCCAAUCUUGUUUUUGUAUAGCAAAACGUUAAUGUAGUCAUCUCUCUUUAUCAUCCCUCACUAUCUUUAGUAACACCUUAUAGAGUUAUUUCCUGCUUCACAAUGCUUGAUGUUAUGAAACGUUACGGAAUGUGUUACGCACAAAUGAGAUUAUCUCAAAUGUGUAUUUGAAAUGUUCUGAUCUUAAAUGUGGGAUACUCUCUUAUAAUAUCUGUGGCAGCUCAAUGUAUUGAUAUCUUCUACAUAAAAUGUUUAUCUUAUGCAUGUCAAACAUUUAUGACAAAAGUGUAUAAGUGGCACAAAAUGAACAAAACCUUGUUGUAUCAAGGUGAAAAAUGACUGUCAAUAAAGAAAAUGUGGAAACAUCGAAA